AUGGAAUUUACUUCUUCAUGUUUGGAAAAGGCUACCGUUUUGGCUAAGCAUCUUACUAGUGCGGUUAGCCAUGAACUGGCCGCGCAGCCUCGUCAACAGAAUACCUGCUUCGUACAACGUUCAGAGUACCAACGACGGAUCGUCUACCAGGAAGACGACUACAUAAAACGGAAUAAGCUUCUAGUUCGUCAGAAAGUGCUAGUGCAGAUUGUUCGACAACAAAUCGAAGACAACGAUGCCCGCUUUCCGGGACCCGCCUGGAAAAAGGGCGACUGA